CAAAGUCAACAAAGGCAUUGAACUUCAACCGUCGAGCCGAGAAAUCGAUAUACUAUUGCUGCCUAAAGCCUCCACCACUCCUCACUAUUCACAUUGUUCAACUACCUAUCUGAUUUACCUUCGACGCCGUUGAAUGCCCAUUGAUAGUGCAAACUCUCAUCACAAGGCUACUGGCUAGUCUCCCUUUGUUCGGUUAUUUUUUUGGGAGAGCUGGUAGAGAUUUUGGACCAAAAUGGCGGCUAAAACUAAGCCGUCUAAUCCGUUAAACGGUAUGCACACGGCCGGUAUCUUUUCUGAUAUGAGCAUCGAUGGGCCUGAGAUUGGAACACUCGUCUUGAUUAUCGACCGUGCGAAGAACCUGCCAAACAGGAAGACGAUUGGCAAGCAAGAUCCCUACUGUGCUGCCCGGUUGGCAAAGGAAGCGAAGAAGACGACCACAGAUAUCCGAGGCGGUCAAACUCCAAAAUGGGAUCAGGAGCUUCGAUUCUUAGUUCACGACUCACCCGACUACUAUCAAUUGAAGCUAUCGGUAUUCAACGACGAUAGAAAAACUGAAUUGAUUGGUGAAACGUGGAUCGACCUACGCGAUAUAGUUAUACGAGGCGGUGGUCAGAGUGACCAAUGGCACACCCUAAACUGCAAGGGAAAAUACGCCGGCGAGAUCAGAAUUGAGAUCACGUAUUACGAUAGUCGUCCCAAACCCGAGAAAUCAGCUGCACGCAAGCUGAGCAAUAUAGCUCUAAAUUCUGACCCUGAACCUGUUAUCGGGUCUCAGAAGACAGCAGUGAAACGGCGUCCUUUGCCGUCUGAUCCUGUCACCGGUCAAGCCCCUCCGCCCCCAGUUGUAGAGCCACUACCUACGCCGUCGCGGCCUCAGCCAAUCCCCCCCACUUCAUUCGCACAAAGCCAAACAUCGCUCCAGGCAUUCGACUAUGGCACAUCACCCUCUAGGUCCAGUCAUCAACUCGAUCAAUACCCUCCCGCCCAGUCUAAUGGAGGCCAAUAUUCGACACCACCUCACAGAACGGACCAUCAUCUACAGCAUCGACCCCUAGAUAGGAAUUAUCAGAUCCCCCCUCAUGAAAGUGAGCAUCUACGCCACCAAGAGUCUUCCUAUGCUCGAACGUACGAUUCAGAUCCUAGAGCUUCUUUCAACCAUAUCCAGCCUAGUUACGAGUCUGCCUCACCUCCGGUUCAUCACUCUCGGAAACUAAUUGACAAUGGUGACCGACCUCCACCCCCGCCAGCACAUCGAGUUAGAAACUCGAGUGCUACCUCGACUGAGUUGGUACCUCGCGGAAAUUAUGACAUGACUCAGCAGAAAGCUACGCCGCUUAUGAGACACGAUGUUUUACGUAACGAGGCACAUCGUUAUUCGGUGUCCUCCCCAUCGUCAGCUUACCCAGGUCGGCCUACAUACCGUCCGUACGACUCAGCGCCAGACAUGCAGAAUACGACUCAAUACCAUGAGACUGACCUUGUUCAACAGUCAAUCCCACGGCAUUAUUCCUAUGACUCGGCGGUGUAUGAGCCCCAACAUCGAUCAAUGCAGCCGACAGUGGAAGAUGUUCCAGAGUCCUGGACACCACCAAGUGUUAGAAACCGAAUGAGUGGGUCUCGGGCUCCCCAGUACGAUGAACGAGAAUACCAGCAAGGUUCAAGUCCUGCUCCCUUGAAUAUCGGCGGCCGUGGCAGCGCGGUAUCUGAACGUUAUAGUCCUAGUCCUCUUCAGACCCAACAGCAAUAUGACUCGAACCACUACAGCCCCUCCCCAUCACCAAUAGCUACCGAGGAUUAUUCCCAAGCACUAACACUGGUAUCUCGACCGUACGGGAGACAGAACGACCACUCUUGGAGCUACCCUAGUGAGUUGGAAGAUAACCAAUUUCAAGGCUCGAAUAACUACGAUCUACAAUCAGUGCCUCCGACACUGGUCCCAGGAGUGGAUCCGGCUAUGGCGCGUGAGAUGUCAGAUCGAUACCACCAGGAAAGGAGCCAUGGUGGACGCCGAUAUACCCAACCUCCUCCCGUGAACACCACAACCCGUGGUAGACAACACAGCGAGCCCCCGUCAAAUUAUCUCGUUAAGUACUCACCCAAUGUUCACCAACAAAGCAACCCAAGAGCCUACGACAGAAGCCCAGGUAGACAUUCUGGCAGAGGACCAUCACCAAUUCCGCCGAUGGCUCGGGAAGUCUCUCCGAACCCAAGUACUAAUCACAUGAUCAAACGCAAAUCCGUCAGUCCGGCGCCUCCUCCAUCUGAUGGACGACGAUUGUCUGGAGUGCCUUUCGGUCCAGAUUCUUACGAUGCCUUGAACCCGGUGGUAUCAUCAACGAAAGAGGCAUCGAACUCUACGGAGUAUACCAAUGCAGACGGCAAAAUAGUGACGCCAGAUGGCCGCGAGGUUGACCCAUCUGAUCACUUGCCCAUGGACACGUGGGCGCCGGAGCCCGAGCCGAAGAAGCCACUCGAAACGCCCGAAACACGAUCACGUCCAAUACCUGCAGGUGCUCAACCGAUGCCACCUUCAGGCCGACGUGCACCUCGCGUAUCGCCACGACCGCAAUCGGUAAUCGCUCCUUCAACUGCCUACUCUGGCCCCGAAUCUUUAGGGCCUUCUCCUGGUAGCGCUGGGCGUAAUCGCUUGCAGAAGAAGGCGCAUCGAGCAUCAGCCUUGCCAGCACCAAUUUCGUCAGGCAUCAGUCCACUUGGUCCUUCAACGCCUCAUCAACGUAACAGUACACCGCCACGGGCUCUAGUCCGCGCAAGCACAUUCGACUACGAGAAUCAUAACCAAGGCACUGCUCGCUUAGGAUACGGUAGCGGGCCACCAAUCCCGGCUAAGAUACCUAUGAUGAGUGGUGGCUUGGGGCCAUCAACAGGCCGAGGUGACGACGAAUGGGCUCUCAUGGAGGAAAUGAGUAGAAUUGACCUCGGCUCAGGGCGAGCACGACGACACGGUAGAUAUUGAGGAUACGAAGAAUGAAGUAUCACGAUUCUAAAAGUGAGGUGAAGGCGUUGUAUACUAAUGUUUAUUUUCUUUCCCUGGUGUGAAACUAUGGAGACACGGUG